AUGUCACCAAAGUUAGGGAUAGCCCCGACGCUGCUAAUCGCUUCACUAACAUCACCACGACCAGGCGAAGCAACAGCGGGAAACGCCAUCAAGAAAGCAAACUGGCAAGCAAUAUGCAAAGUAACCGCUGACGCAGGAAAUCUAGCAGGAAUUGCGCUAACGAAUAUUCGAGCGCCUGCAUUGCAAGUGGCGGCUGACAUAAAAGCACUCUUACGCACUUUAAUCUACAUAGAAGGCAACUCAACCAAUGCAGCGACAAAAGCGCAGAGAACAGCAACAGCUUUCCUAGGCGGCCAAACAGCAGAGAACCUAGAAUACUACUCAUCAACAAGUGUAGCAACAGACGUAACAACAGCCCGAAACGCCGGCAGGCUGCAAGGAGCAACGCACGAAUUCAUGUCUGUACAAGCAGACGGAUCAACCUCAGCAAACGGCUGUAUCGGCGAUGACGAGUCUGGAACCAACGCAUUAGCGGGAUUCAGCGCCGUCGUAGCGGCAGACCCAAACUGUCAGCUCAGCUGGGAAACAGUAACACCGUACGACGGCGCAGUGACAGCCAUAACGAAAACGGGACUAAGCGGAAAAUUUGCAAAUGCCAUAGCGCACAACGAGUUCACAAGCGGAGACAGAAAAUGCAACAUCAAUUCGGACGCAAGCGGAUUUAAACUGAGCAACGACGGUACCGGCGUUGACACAGCAGGGCACAACCCCAAGAUGGCCGCAGGGAUAAUAAGCCUAGACGGAACCAACGGCAUUCACACGGUGGCGCUGGCGAACGUCAUGACAAACGACGAACACCCGUACCUCAAAGCGGCAGCAACAGCCGCAAAGCGGGGCAAGCAAACGCCUAAAGCAGCGGACCUCACAACUGCAGAUACUGCCUUAGCCUCAACAGGUUUCAAAAAGGCAGCUCGCAGACACAUUCUUGGUAAAAAGGAAACAGCCGAUGACAGCGAUACCACAUUGGCAGCAAAGGUCAAGGAAGCUUUUGGUAGUGACGAGAGCAUCAACAAAUUAAUAUCAACCAACGUAAACGAUAUGCCUAUCACAGGCAUACUAAAAUACAACACAGAUGCCAAAAGCCUAGGCCAAAUAACCGACAUAAGCGAGCUGCUGCGCUUGUACUUUUACUACUCGGACUUGAACAAACAGAAGCUGGCUGAGACCGCGAAAAAACUUCAAGAGGCAGAAUUCAAGAAAGAGACAAAAUCAGCAAAAGAGAAAGAAAAAGAAGGCAAUACCAAAGGCAAGGACAAACAAGAUGGGUGUGACAAGCUAAAGGACCAGGGAUGUGUUUUUAACAAAGAUGGCAAUGAUGGUGAAAAGUGCACAUUGAAAAAGGAGGCGAAAGAAAAACUGAAAAAAGCAGGCCAAGAAACAGGAGAGAAAGAUAGCAAAACCAGAACCACAAACACCACAGGAAUCAAUUCUUUUGUCAUUAACAAGGCCCCUCUUUUGCUUCCAGUUUUGCUUCUAGCAUAA